AUGAACUAAAUGAACUUAACAUCUUUAUAGAAAUAUUAGUUUUUGAUAUAUUUUUAUCUUUUACUAUUAAAGUUUACAUCACUUGUGUUUGGUUUUUCAACAAUUAAAAGGAUUUAAUAGUGGAAUUCAUACCUUAUCCUUAUGUAUUCCUUAAUAUAUUUAUAGUGCUAUAGCCAUACGAAUAUUAAUAGAAAGUGGAAGAACCAAUAAUAAACUAAUCAAAAAGAAAGUCGAAUUAGAUCUAAAUUGGAAUUAAAUGCAAAUUAAUAAUUUUUUAUAUUAGCAAUUAUUUAAGGAAUAAUUACAAUAAGAAAUUAAUAAAAUAUUUGAGAACUUUGUAUUGGCGGACUUUAAACUUUAUAAGCAUAAUUUAUUAUAUUAUCAUAAAUUGACUAAGUUAAAAAUAUUUGUUUCAGAAUCUGAGUUAAUAAUAAUACUAAAUAUUUCAGAAAGCAUAAUCAAUAAUGAAGUGGAAUUAGAAAUCCAGAAACUAUGGAUUAUAAUUAAAUUGAUUCAUUGUCAGGUGCUUAUUAUACUUUAAUAAUAAUCAGAAACUAGUUAAAAUUUUCUUAUCACUUACAUUGUUUACUGAAUAUUUUGAUAGAGAUACAUGGUUUCUAAUUGCUAUAACAUCUUAAUUCAAGAUAAAAUCAAUAUUUAGAAUUGAUCAAAUGAAUGAUGUCAGUUAUAGACUCAUAAAUAACAAUUUUGGGAUUGUCAGUAACUGGAACUUCAUCAUAUUAGCAUUUCUUUUUCUGAAAUCAUUAAGACAUUUUUAUUAUCAAGUAAGCUACAUCCAAUAUAUGAUAAUAGAUUAUAUCUUAUAACUCUAGUAGUGUUUUGAUCCGCUAUUUUGUUAUGUAAGAUAAUAUUUAUUUAUGUAAAAAACACUCCUUACGUUGUGA